CAGGGUAGGGGGCGUGGCGGGAAGUUUGAAACUCCGGGCUUUGGGAGUUGUUUCUCGAGCUGGUGUUCACCUAGAGGUCUAGCUGGGGCCCGCCGGGCCCCGUCCCCAGCCCUAGUGGAGAUGGGUUCUACUCAGAGCGUCUCAGGCACUCCAGCACGGCCUCUGCCACACAACAAGCAUGUGGCUCGAGUAGCAGACCCUCGUUCACCUAGUGCUGGCAUCCAGCGCACUCCUAUUCAGGUGGAGAGCUCUCCACAGCCAAGCCUAGCAGCUGAACAGUUGAACAGCCUCAAACAGGCACAAGACCCAGAUCCCCGCUCACCGACUCUUGGCAUUGCACGGACACCCAUGAAGAUCAGUGGUGCAGACCCUCAGUGCCCACUGGUGAAAGAGCUGAGCGAAGUAUUUGAGACUGAAGCAUCCGAAUCGGUUUCCUCCCCAGAGCUUGCUCUGCACCAGGAAACUCCUUUAUCGCCUGAACUGGACCUGCCUUUGGAUCCUCAGUUAUCCCUUGAGGACCAGUUGCUGUCUUGGAGCCAGGCUGAACUUGAUUCCAAACAGGUGUUCACCAAGGAGGAAGCAAAACAGUCCACAGAAACCAUAGUUGCCAGCCAGAACUCAGACAAGCCCUCCAGAGACCCAGAGACUCCCCAGUCGUCAGGUUCUAAGCGCAGUAGACGGAAAGCAAACAGCAAGGUUCUCGGGAGGUCCCCUCUCACCAUCCUGCAGGACGACAACUCCCCUGGGACUUUGACACUACGACAGGGUAAGCGGCCUUCCGCCCUGAGUGAAAAUGUUAAGGACCUAAAGGAAGGAGUCAUCCUUGGAACUGGAAGAUUUCUGAAGGCUGGAGGAGCGUGGGAGCAAAGCCAGGACCAUGACAAGGAGAAUCAGCAUUUUGCUUUGAUGGACAGCUAGAUCUGUGCUGGGUUCUUCCCCAAGGCCACUGAGGGAAGCCUGGUUCCUCUCAGGCUACCAACUCUGGUACUUGGACAUCAUUCUUUUAAUGUUUUGUGUGUUUCCUGUAUAUUAAAGUAGAUGGUUUUAAAUGAUGCUUUAAGAAGUUAGACCAAAGCUGCGCUGGAAACUCCUGUGUAUAGAAUGGCAGCCUGGAGGCUAUGAGAUCCGGAUAGAUAGCUUUCCUGCCACUUCGGAGCCUCCUUCAUAUUGCUGAAGUUCUGAUGUUCCCCACGGCUCCUCCCUUGUCCCUCCUCUCCUCUUCCCCUCUGGUUUGGGUUUAGCUAUUGCUUACCUGCUUGUAAUAUUUAGGUCUUCUCUCCAUAU